AAUAUGGGUCUAUUCAAACACGUUGAACAACCAAUUGUAAAUCUGAUUAAUUCAUACGGAGUGAAAAAUGAAAUCGAGAAAUUUUUAGUUGUUGCGGAUAUUGGGUUAGAAAGCGUUUGGCAAUUUAGCCUAGAUGGUAGAAAAUAUACUUUGAAGAAGAAUUUAUCCUCUCCAGUAGCAGUCGAUAUAUCUAGUAUAUCAAAAACAAUUUUUGUAGCUGAUUCUGCCAGUAACGCCAUAUAUUCAGCUCCAUUUUAUGAAAGUAAUUCAGAAACAUUGUUUAAGGAUAUUCAAUUAGAAUCCAAAAUCUCUGGACUUACUGUUGAUUCUUCAGCUGGAUUAUUGUUCUAUACAAUAUUACUUCAAAAGUCUAUAUCAGUUAUCGAUAUUAGCACAAAAAAAGAAAAAGUUAUUGUAUCUGAUGAUAGCUCAGGUCCUAAGUCUAUUAGAUGUGAUCCUGUUAACAGAAAGAUAUAUUGGAUUGGAAUACACAAGCCGAUCAUACGAAGCUCAGAUUAUGAUGGAGCUAAUAUUCUGGAUGUAGUUCAUGGGGAGACAGGAGAUAUCUGGACAUCGUUAUUUUUGGAUACCAGAAAUCGCAUUAUUUAUUUCACAAGUGCAAAACAAGACAAAAUUUUUACUGCCAGUCUGGAUCAUUUAAACCAACCUCCGAAAGUGUUCCAUACAAUAGCAGAUGGUAGUGAUAUAUCUGGAAUUGCUGUAGAUGAUACAUAUUUCUAUUUUGCUGACAAAGAGAGAGAUACUAUCAUGAGAGGCCAAUUAAACAGAAAUUUUUCGUCGCCUUUUAUGGUUCAGAAAAAAUUGCUAACUCCCAGCGAUAUACAAAUUUAUAUUGACUCCUAUCACGAUAAAGAUGUGCAAAGUCUUUGUAGCAUAAAUAAUGGAAACUGUUCCGAAAUAUGCAUAACUAAAAUUGAUUCUAUUAAAUGUUUGUGUAGUGGUGAAAAGAGAGUUGUAAACAAAGUAAACUGCACAAAGGAGAAACACUAUGAAGGUCCUAAGUUGAUUACAGUAACAUUUGAUGGUAAAAGUACUUCAACGAUAUACACCUCCAGAUAUUUUGAUAAAAAAGGUACUCGUUUCAUAGAGUGGGACUUUCAAGCAAUAACAUAUGAUUAUGGUAGAAGUACAAUGUACUUAAUUGAUAGAGAUUACAAGUAUGUGUUUUGGACCGACUGGGGUGUCAGCAAAAGUAUUGAGCGAGGAAAUUUAGGUGGAACAAAUAGGAUGAUUAUUGCCAGUUUUCAGAAAAAUAUUGCUGCUCUGACCCUUGAUUACCAGAAAAAUAGGCUCUACUAUGCUGUUGAAAAUAAAAUUUAUUCUAUUGAUAUGAAUGGAAAAAAUCAACAAAGUCAUACAACUGUUUCAGAUCAACCAAUUAUAUCUUUGGCAUACAGUGAUAUGUAUAUUAUUGCUGCUCAAAAAGACUUUAAAGGUGAAGGGAAAAUACUAUUUUAUAAUCGUAGCAACUUUACGAUAAAGGGAGCCCUUAAAAUCAAUGAAAUUACGUCUAUGAUACUGUAUGAUAAAGAAUUUCAAAAACCUAAUCAAAUUAUCAUUGAUUUUCCGAGAUUUAUUGUGGUUGAUGAUAGACACGGUAAAUUAUAUUGGACCGAAGGGGGUAUUUUAGGUAAUGGCAAAAUAUUUCGAGCGAAUUUAGAUGGAAGCUUGAAAGAACUAUUUAGACAAAGUGACACAGAAUAUAUAGCCGGUUUAGCCUUUGAUAGUGACAGAUUAUAUUGGACAAAUAACAAAAACAUUUUUUCCGUUACAAUCGACAAUUUUAAUUUGGCAAAUUUUUCCUUUUCAAUAGAUGAUCCUAAAAAUAUUGCCGUAUACAGAGAUUAUGUAGCUGUUAAUCAGAAAUCAAAAGCUGCGCUGACAAUGGGGGCGUUGCCAGAGUACAAUACUUUAGCUUUUAAACCUAAAACUGUAGCACAUUCUCAGUAUAUGAAUUUGACGGGUCUUAUUGCUUUUCAUAGGCAGUAUUCCACAAAUGAAUUUAGAGAUGAACAAGCGAAAUGCAAUUAUAAGAAAUGUGAGCAGUUUUGUUUCUAUUUUAAUGAGAGCCCUAAAUGUUCUUGCGUUGAUGGAAUGAAGUUAAAAAACAAUGGCAGAUCUUGUGAGCCAGAAGUUAUUUCGGAGACAAACUUCUUCUUGAUUGCUGAUGAUUACAAACAUCAGAUAUAUAAAGUCGACUAUGAGAUGAAAAAAUUUUCAACUUUUUUAAUGCCAAAAGAUAGUAGACCAAUCGGCGUUGACUUUGAUAUGAUUCAUAAAAAAAUCUAUUGGAGUGAGUUUGGAGAUGGUAAGAAAGAGCUUAUUUAUAGAAGUGAUCUGAAAGGUGAAAAUGUUGAAACGGUUUUUAGCCUUACUCAUAAUGAAUCAGAGACUUUUAGAAUAGACUCGUUGGCAAUAGACCCACAUGCUCGACUACUUUAUUAUACUGAUCAAGGCAUAUAUAAAAAUGGUUCUAGAAAAAGUUUUGUUGGAGUUUUGCAUUUAGAUACAUUGGAACACAAAAAAAAUUUGCUAGAAAUGAGUGGUAGAGCACGAUCCAUUGCUUUGUAUCCAGAGAAAGGUUAUAUAUACUUAACUGAAAGAGGAACAAAGCCAAACGAAACAGCGAUUAAUCGAGCAUUUAUGGAUGGGUCUGAAAUAACCAAAUUAUCCAACAAGUUAGGCACAACAUGGCCUAUGGGCGUGGCAUUAAAUAGACAAAGUGAUGAGCUAUUUUGGUGUGACGCACAUACAGAAAUAUUUUAUAAAACAAAACUAGACUUCGAAGGAAACACUACGAAAGUUUUUCAUACCAAAGCCUCUCAUGAUCCUUUUGAUGUAGAAAUACAGGGAGAUUAUCUUUAUUGGACAGAUUGGAAAGCUCAAGGUUUGAGGAGAAUAAACAUUAAAAGCCCAAAUAAAAAAGAGGAAAUCUUUUUCGAAAAUAUUUUUUAUGGACUUAACGAGAUUAAGUUCUACAAUUCUACAGAAAUUGAAGCUAGAGGGAAAAUACAUCCGUGUAAAAAUCAUUAUUGUUCUGAUUUUUGUUUUUCACACGGAAAUAGUUAUAGGUGUGGGUGUCGAGAUGGAAGUCAACUACGUUCAGAUGGAAGGACAUGCGAAAACAAAUGUCCGAAAGUAAAAUUUGACGGAACUUUAAACAAAGAUUGUACAUUUCUUGCUCUUUCAAAAUGCUCUUUUAAAUGCGUUAAGACUCAUUAUUCUAUUAUUCGGGAGGCAAAGGUAGAUUGUUUAAGUACUUCAACAUGGAGUUUGGAUUUAAAAAAGUCUUUUUGCCCAAAUGUUAAGGAAGACAAGUCAAUAACAAAAGUGUCUUGCGAGAAUUAUACGGAUGGCAGUGUUUGCCAGCUAAGGUGUAAGGAUGGACUUGAACUACAGCUGGGAAACUUAAGUCGAACAUGUUCAUUGGGUUCAUGGACAGGACAAAAUCCAAUUUGUAAAACUAAUCAUAACUUUGGUAUAAUUAUUGGAGUUAUUACUGCCUGUGUUUUGGUAGCAGUUAUUUCGUUGUUUCUUGGAAUUAUGGUUUUAAGGAGAAAACUUGCGAGGAAAUCAAUUCCAUAUGGUCAACAGAUUGAUGAACCAAAUGUUAACAGUGAUUCAGUCCCUUCUACUUCUUACAAUGUUAAAACAGAAGAGAUUAAUUUGGAUAACAAUCUGGCAUUUGGAAAUCCUUUGUACGAGACAAUUCAACAGCCUAAUGAAAUGAAAAUAGAGUUAGGCCAAGAAGAAAAACAGGCAUAA